AAUAAACACGGCAACGUGAGAAUAAAAUAAUUAAUAAAAAUGGGUGAAACGAGGCUGUUUAUUGGAAAUAUUCCUGCCAAUACUGUUGAGAGUGAGCUAGAAUCAGAAUUUGGAUUUUAUGGAAAGGUCAAAAGUGUUGAAUUAAAGAAGAAAAGUGAAGAUGAAGUUAUGUAUGGAUUUGUAAACAUCGAAAUUGAUGAGAAAUUAGUCCAAAAAUGCAUUCGAGAGUUUGGUCAGCAGCAAUUCAAAGGAAAUUAUCUUUCUGUAUCAAGAGCAAAAGAAAGUUUUCUGGAUCGUCUAAAAAGGGAACGUGAGCAGUUAGACAGACUAGGUGACAACUCAAUUGGGAGAAAACUGAUUGAAAUAUCUAUGAAAUCAGUGACUGAAUUAGAUGAGCCUGUAGAAGUUGCAGAAUUGCCAAAAAUUGAGAAAGAAGUCUCAAGUGACGAAUCUAGUUCCGAUGAAGAGGAAGAGAUUGUCAUCAAACCAGCUGUUAAGGUUCCAGCAUUUCCAAAAAGAACUACUUUUGACUCGACAAUGAGUUAUCAAAAAGAGGAACCGAAAGUGCUUGAUCAAGCAACUUUAGAUGACAUGAAACGUCAACAGAGUCUUCAAAAGCUUAUUGACAUGCACAAGAAUCAAAAGGAUGCAAUUAAAAAUGCUCUUUUAAAUAUAGAUUCAACGACACCGAGAAAUAAUAAGAUUGUCUUCGAAAAGCCAGAUCCAGUAAUAAAAUCCACAGCUAUUGAAGCUAAAAAGACAACACUAUUUGAUGAAAAUGAAUAUGACGAAGAAGAAAUGGAAGUAGCACCAGAAUCCUUUAAAAUUAAAAAGCAGUUUGAAGGCAAAAAAGGUGAAAGGUUGUUUGAAAUCCAAACAAAAUUCAAUAAUGAUAGUCGUUUUAAAAUGGAUGAGAAGUUUGCGGACGAUACAGACCAGUUCAUUGAUUCUCGUAAGAAAUAUGCAAGAGAGGAACUGAAAGAAAGAAAACGACAACGCAAAGAAAUGGCUAAUUGGGAUCAAGACGAAAUGAAAGAAGAACGUGAUAAUCAAUUAAGCAUCUUAGAGAGCAUUACAGGUCAACCAACAAGCAGUAAUCAACAGAAACCACAACAAGGAAUGCUUCGAUUUGAUCCAAGCAAAAAGUCACAUCAGAAAUAUUUAGAUGUAGUUAAAGGCGACGAGCAAAUCGAAGAUGAUGACGAGGAAAUGGAUGUAGAUGAAAGUGAGACAAAAGCAGUUGAAAAAGAUACAGAAGAGCGAUAUUAUGAAGUAUCUGAUAAUCUAGCGAAUGCUUUUAAAGAUUCUCAGCCAUUUAGCAUUUUUGGUAUGUUAGGAGUCAAGCAUGAAGACAUACAUGAUGAUAAGCCAGAGGAAGUAAUAGAAACUAAAGAGGUAAAAUUGGCACCAAAAAUGCAUGCAUUUCAAAUGAAUCAAGUUCGAUUCAAGUACGAUUCAUCGGACACUGAUGAAGAUGCCGAAACUGAAAAGUCCAAGAAAAAGUCAAAGAAGGAACCACAAAAGAAACAAUCAAAAGACGGAAAAUACACAAAAUCAGGUGUUUGGCGCUAUAAUUUCUUUGUAUGUGAUGGUGAUAAACGUCUGCAAGAUGCCUUUGCCUUUUUGAAAAAGGCAGCUUAUGUUGAUCCAAAAAUAAUGCUCGAGAAUCGUCAAAAGCUGAAGAAAGUCAUCAAAAAUCAAGUCAGAAAAGCGAGACACGAUAAAGAAAAAUCGUUUAAGAAACGAAAAGUUUAGACAAUACAGAAAUAAAAGCAUACAUGUGCACAAUAUGACUUAGUAUUUC